AUGUCUGCCCCAUCAUUCCCCCCGGGAGGUACUCUUCUCGACACCUUCAAGAAGUCCUUCAUCGACGUGCCCGUGGACGCCAACAAGGACAAUGCCAUCUCGACCACCGAAUUCCUUGAGGCCGCCGAGUCCCUGACUACCAUCUUCGACGCCCUGGGCUCGACUGCCUUCUCCCCCGUCAAGUCGGACAUGCUCGGCAACGUCAAGAAAAUCCGUGACCGUCUAUUGGAGGCCCCCGCCGACUCGGCGACACUCCAAGAUCUCGUCAAGAACGACUCCAAGGGCAACGCCGUCGAAGCGCUUGCGUGGUUGAACCGUGGCCUUGACUUCACAUGCAAGGCAUUGAGCAAGAACGUCGCCAACGCCAACGAGGAGCUGUCCGAUUCCUUCCGCGAGGCCUACGGGCAAACCCUCAAGCCCUACCACGGCAUGCUCGUCAAGCCAGUCUUUUCUUUAGCCAUGAGCGCCUGCCCAUACCGGAAGGUGUUCUACGAGAAGCUGGGAGAUGACACGGACAAGGUGCAAAACGAGCUCCGACCGUACCUGGCGUCGUUGGAGAAGAUAGUCUCCCUCGUCAAGGGAUUCCUACCCACCAAGUACACCAAGUAG